GACAUUAAAUGGUUUUCCCCUUUGCAUCGGUAAUGCAUACUCAUCCUAAAAUCACUUUGGUUCACGGCUGGGGAGCGCAUUGUCAUGGAGCAAAAUCACAAACAAGACGAGCAGAGCGACGUGUUCGCCGUCUUCAGCCCGGCGUUUAAAUCGUUCGCCACAGAGGCAAUUCACGUCGGUCAGGAGCCGGAGCAAUGGAAAUCGAUGGCUGUAGUGCCGCCGAUUUCUCUUUCUACCACGUUCAAGCAGAGCGAACCAGGAAACCACGCCAUGGCCUUAUUCGCAGAGAGACGACUACACAAACCCUCUGUUCAAGGCCAUUCGAGCUCCAAGGGUUUGAAUACAGCCGGAGUGGAAACCCUACAAGAAACUGUCUUGAGAAGGCUGUGGCUGCUUUGGAUGGAGCAAAGUAUUGCAUUGCUCUUGCCUCCGGGCUGGCAGCCACAGUCACCAUCACUCACAUGCUCAAGGCAGGUGAUGGGAUCGUCUGCAUGGAUGACGUCUACGGAGGCACAAAUCGCUACUUUCAAAGAAUUGCCACUGAAGUUGGUCUGGAGGUGUCUUUUGCUGACUGUACAAAACCAGAGAGGCUGAAGGCUGCUCUGAAGGCCAACACUAAACUGGUGUGGAUUGAAACGCCCACUAACCCCAUGAUGAAGGUUGUUGACAUUAAGGCCUGUUCUGAGUUGGUCCACGAACACAACAAAGAAAUAGUGGUGGUUGUGGACAACACCUUCAUGUCCGCCUAUUUCCAGCGCCCCUUGGCUUUAGGAGCUGAUAUCUGCAUGUAUUCAGCCACCAAAUACAUGAACGGUCACAGUGAUGUGGUAAUGGGUCUGGUCUCAAUGAACCGGGACGAUCUGUAUGAGCGGCUGAAGUUCCUGCAAAAUGCACUGGGCGGUGUACCGUCUCCCUUUGACUGCUUCCUGUGCAACCGAGGACUGAAGACGCUACACCUGCGGAUGGAGCGGCACUUCAAGAACGCCAUGGCUGCCGCCAAGUUUCUGGAGGCCGAUUCCAGGGUGGAGCGCGUAAUCUUCCCAGGCCUGCCCUCUCACCCCCAGCACGAAGUGAUGAAGAGACAAUGCACUGGAUGUCCGGGGAUGAUCACCUUCUACAUUAAAGGGAAACUCGAGAAUGCCACCACCUUCCUCAGUAACCUCAAAAUGUUUGCAGUAGCUGAGAGUCUUGGUGGUUACGAAAGUUUAGCAGAACAUCCGGCGAUUAUGACUCAUGCGUCAGUGCCAGAAAAAGAGAGGAAUGUCCUGGGGAUCAGUGACACACUGAUCCGGCUCUCUGUGGGACUGGAAGAUGAGGCCGAUAUCAUUGAAGACCUGGAUCAAGCUCUGACUGCUGCUCAUCCAAAGAAGAAGUGAAAUGUCUUCAGGGCGUCCCCGAGGCUCGGGCUGAAGGCCGGAGGUACCGAAAGUAAAUCAUCGCAAAUCAACAUUUGGUACCUCAGUUCAGCGCACAAACUGCAGAGAUUCACCUAUCAGGGAACAACUUAAAGAAUACAAAUCUUGCUAUCUGUGAACAAUUAACACAAAUGUUACAUGCAAAUCUUUUUGAUGCCUAUUUUAACAUCAGUUGUAAUCUUAUUUAUCUUAUGCAGAUUUUGCUUUAUUUGUAUGUGUUUCGUUUUAAUUUAGUUUUGUUUGGAAGGCUUUAAUGGGGCAUAGUCCUUUUUAGUCAAAAUUGAUAUGAACAGUAUGAGUUUCUACAAGAAAAACACCCAACACAGUAAUUUCUGUGUAAUCCUGCUAUAAAAACCUGUGUACUUCAGGUUGCAUUUAUUACAGUUAGUAGAUCUGCAGAUGUAAUCUGUAUUAAUAAUUUCCUGAUUCUAAGUGGCAUAAAAGUUAAUGAAUUCUAAUUAGUCAGACUAACUAGACUCAUACAGGCAAAGCUAAUGUCCAAAAGUCAGAAAAAAUGUUUCUAUAUUUUUCUCUUCACUGUCAACAUCUGCUCAAAGAUUUUAGAGGCACUGCAGAACCAUGUAAAUCCAUGAAUGAAGAACAAACAAUAUCUCCAUUCAAAAAUGAUAAAUAGAAAUGUGCGUAUUUGGUGGCAGAAGCACAAGAAAACUAGAUACCAGUUUUGUUUGACUAGCAGAAUUUCUCAGCAAUGACAAGUGUUUUGUUUUUUUAGUAACAAGUAAAGGCUGUUACAGGAGUAUUUAUCAGAAUACCUUUAUGUAUGUUCUUGAACUCAAGUCAAAGCAUUUGGGCCGAUGGCAAAAGCAAAAUGGACUCACAUGGUUUUUAUCUGUGCAGAGAAAAAGGUCUCAUUCGGGCACUCCCUCUUUCUGCUCAAGCAUACGCUUCAUUUGGGACAGACCACUCGGGCUCAAUGUCAUUUAUGUAACUGACAAAUCCAUUAAAAUCAGUUUGCAGUA